CCUAUUUUCAAGCAUGGCGGACGUUUUCAAAAUAUUUUUGUCUGUACAUAUUUGAUUAAUUGUUUGUUUUUGUAAAACAAAUUCCGAUAUUCUAAAAUAAUGGGAGAGAAAGAGAAACACCUUGUGGUGAUUUCAGUUCUUGAGGGAAGGCGAUUACCACGGAGAACUAAGCAUAAAAUCAUUGCUGAAGCUAAGUUUGAUGGAGAAUUAUUAGCUACUGACCCUGUUGAUCAUGUUGAAAAUCCUGAUUUUACACAAGAACUAGCAUGGGAAUUAGACAAAAAGUCUUUACAACAACACAGGCUUCAAAGAGCAUCCAUUAAAAUCCAGUGUUAUGCAUAUGAUGCCCAUAGCACUCUCAAAGAACUGAUAGGAUAUGUGGUUUUAGAUCUACGAUCAGCCACUGCAAAUAAACAAUGUGCCAAAUGGUAUCCUUUACUACACAGCAAGUAUCACAAAUUAAAACCAGAAAUCAGAUUAGCCUUGUAUUUGGAUGAAGAUCAAGGGUCGAAUGAUAAUAUCAAUGUCAUUAAAGCUCAGCAGUCAGACGAACAGUUGACAAACACAGAAGCAUUAGAUCUGAAGACAUUAAUACCUGUUCUAGAUGAAGAUGAAGGGUUUUAUCAAAUCGGACCUGCUGACAAAUGUAGUGAAAUGUUUGUUUUAUCUGUGACAGUUGCAUAUGCUUCUAAUCUUGCACAGCUUAUUCCAUCCAACCAACCAUUAUCAGCCACUUCCUAUUUUUUCUACUAUUCUUUACUGGGUAAUGAUGUAACAAACGAAGCCUUUACAGAUCUUAUCAAUACAAAUUUCCCUGCAGAAAGAGCUUCAGUUAAAGUUCGGUCAAGUUUUGAAGUACUUAGAACUUUCUUGUCAAAUCAACCAGGCAUACAGUUUCAUCUGUGCUGUGGUGACCAGUCAUUAGGUAGUUGUGAAGUAUCACUGAAGACUUUGUUGAAGAAGGGUAGUUCUGAAAUUUAUAUGAGACCAAUUAGUUUAGAAGGAGUAUAUCAACUUGUACCACCUAACAAGACCAAACAACAGAUAGGACCUGUUCCUGAUAAUAUGAAGCCUUCUGUUGGUAUUUCAGUUGUUUUAAAAAGAGAAGAUAUGGUAGUAAAGUCUCCAGUGAGGGAAUUAGAAGGAAAUUCAAAUACAAACACUAAUGUUCAAGGCUCCCCUAAAGCUAAAGCUCAACCCAGUCCUAAGUCAUCACCUAAACUCAAGUCAAAAACUAAAAAAGAUGGGAAAGGUAAAGAGAAACGUGAUGGCUCACCUACAGCUCAACAAUCUAAAUCAAAACCUUCAGGUGAAAACUAUUCAGAUGAUUUUGAAGAUGAAAAAUCUAAAGAAUCUGCCAGUUUAGGUGAAAAAUUAGCUCAAAGAGCUGCUAAAAAUACAAGUCCAACCUCAUCACCCAAAACAAGAUCUCGCAGUCCCAAAAGAUCCUCACUUUCUCCAGGUCGAGAGCUAAGAAGUAAUGAUUUGAGAUUCCCACCUGCUGCCUUGGCUGUGCCCCCUCAAUCUCAUCAUUUUUCAUUCUCCAUUGAUUUACGUAGCAUUAAAGAUACAACAUCCACCAACACCCAAUCAGUAUUCCUCAGAUACAUAUAUCCUUUCUUUGGAAGUGCUGCACCAAUUUUAACUCAUCCACCAGUUGAUGUUAGAAAAGGAAUGGAAGUUCUUCUUCCUCAAUCAUUUUGUGCUUUUGAUUUCGCUUGUUCUCCUAGACAAAUAGAAGAAACAUUUCAGAGAGUUCCACUAACAGUAGAAGUAUGGAGUCGAGAUGAAAAUACUAAAGAUCGUCUUCUAGCAACAGCUAGAUUACCAAUACCUGAUGUGUUACCUGUCGAUAGAAAAAGAGUUGUGUCUGAUACAGGUGUAAAUGGGACAAGACAAGAACAUAGUGAUAGAAUCUAUGUUAUAAAAGCUAAUGGUAUGAGUGAACACUAUGGUGAAUUAUUUGUGGUGUUAGUGUUAGAAGAUUGGGGACCAUUACCUCAACAACAGAUAGUAACUACAACACAACAACAACAUAUUAAGCAUCAGACUUCUAAUGUACAGUAUCAAACAGGCAAUCAUUCCAUAAUAGACGAUAAUAACUAUCAACAAAACAAUAUACAGCAGCAUGUAUCACCACGACAAACAGCUGAAUAUCAGGCUGCAUUGGAACUAGAGAUGUGGAAAGAAAAUCAGGAACAUGCAUUUGAGCUACAGUUAAAACAGAGAGAAAUGUCCUAUAUGAAAGCUUUAGGUGAAGAAUGGAAGAAAAGAGAUACAGAAAGAGAGGUUAUAAUGCAGAAAAAGGUAACAGAAUAUACCCAGUUAGAAGAACAACUGAGAAAAACUUUGACAGAUUUGGAAAAACGAGAAAAGCAGUUGGCUGCCAAUGAACAUGAGGUGAUGAGACUGAAAACAGAUUUAAAAAGAGAACAUGAUCGUAAAUUACAAGAACUUAAAGAAGCUUCAAAUCGAUUAAAACUAGAUUGUGAUCAUCAAGUACAAUUAGAAAAAAUGAAGGUAAAAGAGUUAGAAGAUCUGAUUGUAAGACAUAAAGGAGAGGUAUUAGAAGCUGAAAAAAAAUAUAGAAAUAUCGAAAGAGAAUUUAAUAUUUAUAAAGAACAACAAAAUACUAAACCUGAAGUUAGACUGCAAUCAGAGAUUAACUUAUUAACAUUAGAAAAGGUUGAGUUAGAGAGAAAGUUAGAUGCUGUAACUAAAUCUAAAGUACAUUAUAAACAGCAAUGGGGACGAGCUUUAAAGGAACUGGCCAGAUUAAAACAGAAAGAACAAGAUAUUGCUAAAGCCAGUUUAAAACGUCAACAACAAGAAUUAGAACAUAUGAGAUUACGUUAUCUAGCAGCUGAAGAAAAGGAAGUUGUAGCCUCAGAGAAAAAGGAACUUGAAGACAUCAAGAAUGAAUUAAAUAAAUUAAAACAGAUUGAGGAAGGAAAACUGAAAGUUACUGGUGAUUCUAAUGAUAUACACCAACUAGGCAGUGUUAAACGUUUAAAUACAGAUUUAGAUAAUAGUGUAGAUGAUCAUAUUACUAGAUUAAUAGAAGAGAGAGAUACAUUACUUAGAACAGGAGUUUAUUCAACUCAAGAUAAAAUUAUUGCUGAACUAGAUCGACAAAUACGGGAAUCAAUGUCUCAAAAAGUCACUUAGAUUUUUAGGAAAUUGGGACAUAGCAUAGCUAGGCUGUCACUCAGAUUCCAUUUGUCACUGAAUGAAAUUGACAGACUGACAAAUUAGCUGGUCAGUUAAAUAAAUUGGAAUAAUUUAUAUCAGAAACAAUACUACCGAUAAAUCAAAUGUUUUAACUGUGGAUAAAACAGAAAUGUACCAACAAAAAUAAUAUCUUGUUGACAAUAGUAUGAAGUGAAUGCUGUGGAAUAUAUUAGAUUGUACAGCAUUACCUAUAUAUGUAAAUAAAAAUGUAGAUGUAUGUAGCUUUAUAAAUGAUCUAAUAAUCAUUUGGAGAGAUUAAAUUAAUAAUUAUCUCAUAUGUACAUUUGGAGUGAUUUAAUGAUACAUUUAAUGAUACAUUUACAUAGAUUAAAUUGAUGAUAAUUUCAUUUUUAAUGAUACAUUUGGAGAGAUUAAAUUGAUAAUAAUCUCACAUUUGAUGAUACAUUUGGAGAUAUUAAAUUGAUAAUAUUUAAUGAUACAUUGAUACAUAUAUAAUGGAAUUUAUUUUACAAAGCCGUCCAUUUCAUUUAGACUUGAUUUAUGAGUAGUUAUUUAAAGUCACUGUGUAACGUUGGCAAUUUCAGUAAAUAUCAAAUUUUUCACAGCUCAAUGCAUGUUAAGAUGUACAUGGAUUGAUUAUUUAAAAUGUAAUUAAGAAAGCUAAAUCAAAAUAUCAGCAGUAGAUAAUAUCCCAUUAUGAAUUCAAUAAAAUUGAAAAGAAGCCUAGCCAAAGAUUUUAGCGAAGAUUAUAAGUGUGACUGGCAUUUGAUCAUAUCCCAUUUACAUCCUCUGCAGGCUAUAACUAAACUGUUAUGCAUUUGCAAGAAGAAAACAAAUAUUUAAAGAUACUAAAGGGGUAUUAAGGGAGAUCCAAUAAAGAACUGACAGUUCUCGUUAUAAUAGUUAAAAAAAAAAUAUAACAUAAGGAGAAUGUGCUGAAAAUUUCAGUCAAAUUGCUCCAAUCUGAACCAAGAUAUUAGCGAUUGAUUUUUAGGCCUAGUCUCGAUCAUCAUGUUUAUAGUCAGUACAAUAAUAAACAAAGUCUAGAUUAUCCAUUUUGAUGUUAAAUCAUCCAUCACAAAAUGUAUUCAAAUCCAGUAAAUAUUGCAUGCCAGCGAUGGCAUCGAGCCUUAAUUAUGGUCUGGAUAAGUUAACUAUUGUCUAAUUAAUAAUUUAGAUAACAUUUCAGGCCUAAAGACAGACCUGCAAUAGGCAGAUAUAGCUCUUGCAUAAUGUAUGUUUAAAUUACCUUCAGACAGUAUAAUAAACUACAAAUAUUUUUAAUUAAACGUAUUUUCUUUUAAUGUUGAUGUUUAUUGCAAUACAGUGAAUAAGUUUAUCCCACUAAAUAUAUAUGUGCAUCUUCUACAUGUAUUUGACAACUUUAAACUAUUACCAUGACUAUGACUAGACUGAUAUGUAAUUGAUAGAAGAAAACAAAUAUUUAAAGAUAUAUUAAUGUUAGUACUAACAUUGUUAUUAAGUUAUGAAUAUGUACUGCUGUAAGGCAUGUUGCAUGACAAUGGUGGGUGCCUUACAAUAAUACUAUAUCAUUUACUUUUGGUAAAAUAUAUUGUUGAUGAUAUAAUUAGGAUCUCGACUGUCAAAGAAUAUAUGAUAAAAAAUUUAUACUGGCAUUUUAUGGUUAAAAUUUACGAUGCUAUCAUUUGUGUUUAAAAAAUCUUUUCUUUUUGUGGGGUUUUACAGUAAAUUUAGAAUUUGAAAAAAUUUCACAUUGAUUUUUUCCUAUUUACUAAAAUCCUGUUGAGAGAUGAAAACUGUAUGUAUAUGAUUAAAUUAAAUGAAAGAUUAUGUUAAGAAUUUAUAUGGUGCAUGUUUUCUUGGCAUUUGAAUGCUUUAUAUAAGCUUAGUCAUUUUAUGUUGUCUGUGAUUUUGUACCUUAAACAAUUUUCUUAUUGUAAAUAAAAUUCUAAUAUUUAUAUUAAA